UAAACUACAGCUUCACACACAUUUCAUUUCAGUUCAGAUCUCUCUGGACACAAAUUGCUCCAAACUGCUGGAUUGACUCCUUUUUCACUCCCCUGAAUCAACUUGACCUUCUCCAUCGAUCCGUCUUUGUGUCAGUCUCAACCUGUCUGUCCUGAAGUUUGUCGGGUUCAUCAAGUUCACGCUGACAUUCAGUGACUGAGGCUGAGCAGGAAUGCUCACACUCACAGCUGGAGAGUGGCCGUCAUUCAUCACAGAUCAUCUGAAUACGUGCAUCUGUCAGCUGUUAAAUCUGCUGCUCCUACAUCCUGAGGAUCAACUCUGAAGAGGAGGAGUGCCUGGCUUACUAGCACCUCACCAACAGGAAGAAAGCAUCCAUUAGUUUAACCUCAGUCUACAAUCAUCAGGCUAUCACUGGAUUAGAAGUUUCCUUUCUCUGUAUCCUAAAUCGGGUGGAUAUUGCCCAGCUCACAGUUUAGCAGUGAGUAAGGAAUCUGAGUUGUAAUCAGUCAUGGCAGACUGGAGCCUACUGGGAAACUUCCUGGAGGAAGUACAGGAGCACUCUACCUCUGUCGGCAAGGUGUGGCUGACCAUCCUGUUUAUCUUCCGAAUCCUUGUCCUCGGGACAGCAGCUGAGUCAUCGUGGGGAGAUGAACAGGAAGAUUUUAACUGUGACACUGAACAGCCAGGCUGUGAGAACGUCUGUUAUGACCGAGCCUUCCCCAUAGCACACAUACGAUACUGGGUGCUCCAAAUUGUGUUUGUAUCCACUCCCAGUCUGAUCUACAUGGGCCAUGCUAUGCACACUGUCCGCAGAGAGGAGAAAAGAAGGAACAGGGAGGAGGAGGGAAGAGAGGAGGGAGGGGGAGAAGAAGACCCAGGAGGAGGUGAAGGAGGAGGUGGAGGUGGAGAGAAACAAGAGAGGAAAGGGGAACAAGAUGGAAAUGAAAAAAAUGAAAGUCACUCAGCAGGUCGAAUUCGCCUGAGGGGAGCGCUGCUGCAGACAUAUGUUCUGAGUAUACUGAUACGCAGCAUCAUGGAGGUGGUGUUUCUGUGUCUUCAGUACUUCCUGUAUGGAAUCUUUCUCAAUCCUCUGUACGUCUGCAAGGCAUGGCCAUGUCCACAUCCAGUUAACUGCUAUGUCUCCAGACCUACAGAAAAAAAUGUCUUUAUAGUGUUCAUGUUGGUCGUGUCAGCUGUCUCUCUGGUCCUCAGUGUGCUUGAACUACAUCACCUGGCAUGGAAACAUUGUUGCAGUGGCUACCGAGCAGAACAAAAUGGCAGCCGCAGUGGAAGAGGUAAACUUCCUCCAAAUGAGCUGCUAUUCGCAUGGAUGGCAGAAGACCAAUGACGGUCAGAUCCAAGAUGGGAGAUACCUGAGACCCGAUGCUAACUGCUAUACCCCCGAGAGCAGGGACGUCGGCUGUGUUCAGAUCCAAAAUGGUGGCUCGGACGUGCUGCUGCAUAAGGACAAGCGAAGAUACAGCAAAGCCAGCGGAACGAGCAGCCGAACUAGAGCAGAUGACCUCGCAGUUUAGAAAAAAAAUAAAAAAAUAGAUAAUAGAUUUACAAACCUGCUGAAAAAAAACACACAUGCAUAAAAGACAAUCUAAAGCUGAAUAGGUCCGUUCACCUUAGCUUUCAUAACAUGAUUCAUUUUAUCUAAGGAAUCAUGCAAAUGAUGACUAAUUCCUUUUAUCUUCCUCCUUCCAACAUUAUACGGCUCCUAAUGACUUAAACGAUGGUCUUUACCCAACAUCUGAGUAAUCGCCCUGCACAACUGGGCAGCAAUGUCUGGAGUUGUGGUGCUACACAGAUUGCUAAAUCCAUCAAGAAUAACUGGAUUGUGGCUUCUUCUUGAACUGAAACAAACAUGCACCUGAAGCUUGCACUGUUUAUAUGCUGAGACUUAAGUCACCAAAAAGGCCAUAAAAGGUAAAAAAAAAAAAACACAGUUUGGGUGACACCAUUGAGGGAGUCUGCACUGUAGAGCAUAGAUGUCUUAUUCUUUUCUUUAUUUACUGGUGUGACUCAGUUGGGGACAAAUUAAUUCAUGACUUUAGUCACAAGCAUGCUGACAAAGCCUUUUUUGAGAACAGCAGCAGUGACUGUAUCUCAAAGCUUUUCAAAAACAUGCUCUUUGUGAUUUUUAUCUCCUGACUAACAGCAGCUUGUGCAGGCUAGAAGAGAUCUGGUCCAAGUCACAGCUGCCUUAAUAGUACUAAUGUGUUUCAGGACCUUAAAAGGCCCAAAUGGAAAAGCUAAAAAAUGCACUAAAAUCCUGACUGUGACGUAUUUGUUAUAUUUCAAAGCCCAAAGAAAAAGGCAUGAGGCACAUUCAUUUAAAGCUUUAUUUCUAACAUCAUGUAAAGGCAAACACCUCUUAAAUAUAUAUUUUUCGGAGAUUUUACUCCCAAAAUUUGUCGCCUAUCAUUGACGAUAAACUUAAGAUAGAGAUGAAGAUUUCCUCCAAUGCUAGUGCAUUUACCUGCUUGCCAGGUAUUUCACUUAAACCUAUAACAAACUUACACUGUGUUUAUUUCACUGUUACUU